UCUCAUUGCUCAUUGUGGACCUCAUCAUCACAAUUCUUGAGCUAUCUUCAUCUUUGGUUUCAUCAACAACGGAUGAACAAGGUAGAUAAACUUGGUCUACAUUGGAUUGGAAUUAGUAUCCUUAGUUUACUUUCGGUAAAGUCUAUGGCUUUGUUAGUGGGGUUAGGCUCUUCAUUCUUUAAGCAUUUUGGGUAUGUUAUGGAUGGAGUUGUAACAAUUGUGGCUCUGUUUUUGGAAGUGUUUCUUGAGAGAAAAGGAGGUGGUUUAUUGAUUGUAGUGAGUGUGUGGCGUGUGAUUAGAGUGGUGGAGAGUAUGUAUGAGUUAAGUGAUGAAACAAUUGAAGGUAUAGUUUGCCAAUUUGAGGCACUCAAAGAAGAGAACAUGAGGCUCUUAGAAACAAUACAAGAAAAAGCUCAAGGAGGAUUUUGAUAAAUGUAGACAUUGAAUUUGAAGCUCCCC